ACGGCAUAGAGCCUUUUUUUUUUUUUUAAAGAUUUACUUAUUUUAUGUAUAUGAGUACUCUGUAGGUAUCUUCAGACACACCAGAAGAGGGCAUCAGAUCACAUUGCAGAUGGUCGUGAGCCACCAUGUGGUUGCUAGGAAUUGAACUCAGGACCUCUGGAAGAGCAGUCAGUGCUCUUAACCACUGAGCCAUCUCUCCAGCCCCCACAGCAUAUAUCUUAAAGGUGCAAGUCUUGUCUUAUCUGGGUGUCUUUGGCUAAGGACUGGGAGAUCUUGUAGCUCUUAAAUCCCAGGCUUGGAACUCUCCUGCCUUAAAGGACCUGAUGGUGUUUACAGAAGAGUACAAGCUGGGUAAGUGAGUAUGUGGUUGAUUGUUCUCGCCUUUAUAAGCUGGUCUGUUUCAGAGUCUUUUGGAAAAUACAGUAUACAGCCAUAUGCAGCUUAGCGGCGGUUGAAUACAAUGCUGUCAUUGCGUAAACAUUUGACUGUGUAUUUGCACAAACCAGGAUUGCUACAAUGUCAGAAGACUGUAAUCUUAUGGGCCAUCAUCAUUAUGUAUGCGGUUCAUCAUAGGCCAGAAUGGCUGCUCCUAGUUAUAUUGUAAAGAUGUGUUUCAAAGCUAUAGUUACACAGGAGUUUGGGAAAGGAAGUUUGUGGUGUAAUAUACCCAUUAGAGGACUAUAACCUAAGCUCUAGUCUACUGGUGCAUGGUUGUGGCUUGGGCAUAAUGAUUUGAGGGUUGACAGGAGUGAUGUUGACUUCAGUGCAGUGGCUUGGACAGUCCCAGUUGUUGUUGUUACUGUUGCUGUUGUUGUUACUGUUGCUGUUGUUGUUACUGUUGUUGUUGUUGUUACUGUUGCUGUUGUUGUUACUGUUGCUGUUGUUAGCCAUUUUACCACAAAAGAGGCCAGCCUAAAAUGACUAACUACAUGAAGGGCUUUGAGUUGAGAGUAAGCUGAAACUCUGUCCAGGAUAACCUCAUUUAAUUUAACUUGGAAUGCGGUUGCUGCUUUUCUCUCUCUCUCUCUGUCUCUGAUUUAUUUAUUUCAUAUAUGUGAGUACACUGUUGCUGUCUUUAGACACACCAGAAGACAGAAGAGGGCAUCAGAUCCCCUUACAGAUGGUUAUAAGCCACCAUCUGUGAGUCUUGGAACUCACUCUGUAGACCAGGCUGGCCUUGAACUCAGAAUCUGCCUGCCUCUGCCUCCCAAGUGCUAGGAUCAAAGGCUUGAGCCACCACUGCCCGGCCGGCCCACAGCAACUCUUAUAAAAGGAAGUAUUUAAUUGGGGCUGGCUUACAGUGUUAGAGAUCUAGUUCAUUAUCAUCAUGGCAGGGAGUAGUAUGGUGGCAGCAGCAAGAGAGAGACUCUGGGCUUAGAAUGGGCUUUUUGAAAUCUCAGUUACACACACACACACACACACACGCCUGCCCCAUGACAUACUUCCUCCAACAAGGCCACACUUCCUAAUCCUUUUAAAUAGUACCACUCUGUGGUGACUAAGUAUUCAGAUCUGUGAGCCUGUGGCAGACAUUCUCAUUCAAACCACCACAUUCUACUCUCUGGCUCCAAUAAGCAGAUCGCACACUUCCAACUUGCAAGGGCAAAGGAUAUACAUUACUAUUCCAAAAGGGAGAAAACAGCACAAUGAGGAAGUACUGGAUGAGAAUAAGACCAAAAACUUCAAAUUCUGUAUCUCCCAUGUUUGGUGUCAAAGUGCUCUUCAGAUCUCCAGCUCCUUUCAGUUCUGUUGACUGCACUGUACUUAUUUCUCUUGGGCUGGGUCCACUCCCUGCUAGCAGCUCCCCUGGGCAGGUGUACAGUGACCUGAGCAUCUCCAACAUCUUGGCAUCUUUAAUGCAAUCCAGGCUUCAGCUUCAGAACUUCACACAGUAGCUUCUCUGGACCUCCAUGCAGGGACACUUCUGACACACGCCUGGCCUCGGCAGCUUUCCUUAGCCUCGGAGGGAGAUCCCAUGAUCCCUUCUUGGAUUCUUGACUCUAAAGCCAGAAGAACCAUGUGGCCAGCACUGCUACCUUCUGUUUGCUGGGACUGGAACUUGGCCUCUUUGUUCAAAUACAUUUUCACCAGCUUUCGGGGCUUGAUGGUUUCUGUCACUGCUCAAGCUUUUCUUUAAUUCCUUUUCAUGGGGCUGGAGAGAUGGCUCAGGGGUUAAGAGCACUAUCUGCUCUGCUCUUCCAAGGUCCUGAGUGCAAUUCCCAGCAACCACAUGGUAGCUCACAGUCAUCCAUAGUGGAAUCUGAUGCUCUCUUCUGGUGUGUCUGAAGACAGCUACAGUGUACUUAUAUACAUAAAAUAGAAAUUGCUGUAAUUCCUUUUCAUGAAUUAGGAGCUCAGCUGGGUGGGAUCUUGCCCUGAGGUUGCCACUCCCUUAGCGUCAGGCUUUUCUUUAAACGUUUUUAUCUCCAUCCCACUUCCUGGUGCUCCUUUUCUCCCCCAAGUGUACACUUUAAUUUCUCCUUGCUCAGCUUGCUCCUUUUCAUCAUAGGUCUGCCUAAGGGUGACCCGCUAUCAACCAUGUGACACAGUCAAUACUAGGUUGCCUUGAAAUCUCCUCUGCCAGUGCUAUUAACCAAAAACUCCUCAGUUCUGCUUCAGCCAGACUUUUUGGACAAGGGCAGAGCUGCUACAUCAUUUGACACCAAAGUGUCACAAGACCAGGUGUCUAGGCCACUUAGUAAUAGUCUUCUCCUCUGAAGCCUACAUUGCUGCCAGGCCCAUUAUCUUCCACGCGUCUACUACUUGCAUGACUCAUGAGCCGACUUAAUAAAAGUAUUCAACUGCUUUCCUAACUCAAGUUCCACAUUCCGCCAAGAAGCAGCACGGUCAGGCCUGUCACAGAAGUAACCCGCUUUCUUUUUCGUUAUGCUCUUCCAUUGCUGUGAAGAGACACCGUGACACACCAACUCGUAUGGAAGAAAGCACUUAAUGGGGGUUUGCUUAUAGUCAGAGGCUUGGUCCAUUGUCAUCAUGGCGGGAAGCAUAGUGGUAUACAGGCAGACAUGCUGGAGAAGGAAUUCAGAGCUCUACAUCUGCAGGAGCAGGAAGAGAGAGACUUGGGGCUUGGAAUGGGCUUUUUGCAACCUCAAAGUCCACCGUCAGUGACACACUUCCUCCAACAAGGCCGUACUCCUAAUCCUUUCAAAUAGGAGUCAUGACCAGCUAUUCAAAUCUGUGAGCCUAUUGGGGGCCAUUUUCAUUCAAACUGCCGCAGAUGGCUUUGCCCUUCUGGCUUUUUUGCAUGUGAUAGUCUUUCUCUAGGGCAGAUUCCACCCCGCAUGUGCAGUUGUUUUCCAGCUUGCCAUUCUACUUUAGUGUUCAGGACAGACUGCUGUAGGAUGCGAUGAUGCUUUUCCUUUAUAUUUGUACAGGGCACCAGGCUUCAUUCUCAGACUUCCACUGCAAGUUGGCCUGUAGUGGUCCACUGUAAACCCAGCAUGAAAAUGGAGUGCCAGUUGCCGAUACGAGAGUCAUUCCUUCCUUAAGCAUUGAAUGCUUUGGAGCGUAAAGGGACACAAGCAGUACUGUGUGUACUGGUGUACUAGUUAUCAUCACAGGGAGAUCCGUGAUCAGUAUGGAAUGGAUACGCAGGAGGAAUGGUAGACAGAAAGAAAAGAGGCAGCGCUGAGCUGUAGGAGUUUUGUGAAAGGGAGACUAAAAAGAGAGGGUUAAAGAUAUUCGUACAAAUGACAGAGCAGCCUUUUGGCUGGAGACUGGAGGGUAGGCAGCCAGGACUCUAGGCUACAGAGGGAAAAGAAAGAUAAUAGAAAUUGUAUCGAGAGAAACCAACAGCAACAGUGGGGGCUGUGCUGGUUGGCUACACGGACCUGGCCGUAUUUCAUAAACAAAGCUGGGAGGAGACUGGGUGUGAGGCCACACACUGCUGACUCUCUGACUUGAUUGGGGUUCAGGCCAAAGUCUCUGAGUACUCAACGGCAAAGGUGGCUAGGAGCUCGGACCGAAGAGCAGGUGGUUCUCUAACUUCAGAUGGUGCAGAGCAGGAAAGGUAUGCUGAAGGAGAGGGUCAUGGACUUGGCCUCCCAGACGACCAUCCUGCCCCUGCUGUUUGGCUGCCUGGGGAUUUUCAGCCUCUUCAGGCUGCUGCAGAGGAUCCGCUCAAAGGCUUACCUGAGGAAUGCUGUGGUGGUAGUCACGGGCGCCACCUCAGGUCUCGGCAGAGAAUGUGCCAAAGUCUUCCAUGCUGCGGGGGCUAAACUGGUCCUCUGUGGACGAAAUGUGAAGGCCCUGGAGGAGCUCAGCCGGGAACUUGCUGGUUCUUCUCAGGGACAGACACACCAACCCUUCGUGGUGACCUUUGACCUCGCGGAUCCUGGUACUAUUGCUGCUGCAGCAGCUGAGAUCCUCCAGUGCUUUGGCUAUGUGGACGUUCUCAUCAAUAAUGCUGGGAUUAGCUACCGUGGUACCAUUAGUGAUACCAUAGUGGACGUGGACCGGAAGGUGAUGGAAAUAAACUACUUUGGCCCUGUUGCUCUAACAAAAGCGCUCCUACCCUCCAUGGUGGAAAGGAAGCAAGGCCACAUCGUCGCCAUCAGCAGCAUCCAGGGCAAGAUCAGCAUUCCUUUCCGAUCGGCAUAUUCAGCCUCCAAGCAUGCAACCCAGGCAUUCUUUGACUGUCUGCGUGCAGAGAUGGAAGAGGCUAACAUCAAGGUGACUGUGAUAAGCCCUGGCUACAUCCAUACCAACCUCUCUGUAAAUGCUGUCACUGCCGAUGGCUCCAGAUAUGGAGCUCUAGACAAGAACACAGCCCAGGGCCGAAGCGCUGCAGAGGUGGCCCAGGAUGUCUUUGAUGCUGUGGGGAAGAAGAAAAAAGAUGUUCUCCUGACAGACUUUGUGCCAUCCAUGGCUGUCUACAUCAGAACUCUGGCUCCCGGGCUCUUCUUCAGAAUCAUGGCCUCUCGGGCCAGAAAAGAGCGGAAAUCCAAGAGCUCCUGAUGCUGGUAGGGCUGCUGGCUUGGGCAGCCUGAUCAGACCGACUACCACACCUUCCUGGGUGGGGAUUGCAGUGCACGGGAUCCGCCGCUAAGACCUGGUGGAGGGCUACCUUGUAUUUGUUUCCCAGGGAGUGAUUAGCUCUUAAGGAGUGAAAUAUGGAGUUGUACAGGAACACUAAACGAUGUAAAAUAAAUGACUGAAGAGUGGGUCAGAGUUCACAGUA